UUUUUUUAAUAUUCACGAACUCCUUUCGUAUAAACGAUAAUUCGUCCAUGGCGAAUACAUAAUACCAUAAUAUUGUUGCCAUGGUUACAUGUACACAAGACAGUUUGAUACCAGCUGCAAUCAAUUUAGGCGAAAACCAAGCAACUUUCUUUCCUUUGUCUUUUAUUUAGUACUUUUACAGGAGUUUUACUUCACCCGUUUAAAAAAGCAUGAGUGAAGGUGGUAACAAUCAACAAGAGAAGCAAGCAGGAUUCUGUUCUGCUACUUGCAUUGAUAGACCGAGCUUGCAAGAAGAGAUCAAGAAGCCUGUGAAAACAUCCGAUAUCUUCGUAACGUGUAAUCUGCCAAAAAGAUUCGAGCAUCCACAUUGGUUUAACGGAUAUGGUUGUCAAGUGAGUAAGCAGCACCCCUUUUAUAGGACAUCGGCUAGUGAAUAUGGUUGGUUCCCUCCAGGGCUCCAUUCGGUACCGACAACAUACUUGCCCAAGAACCAGCAUUUCUCCAAUCACCUGGCUGGAGCGGGGAUGUACAGGAACUACUCACUCAACACCUCGAUGGAUCCACAAUCGACUAAAUAAGAUUUAUACAAUCUUCAUGCACCAGAAUAUUCAUUUAAGUUUAAUUUUGUUUUUAAGCGAUUUUUGUUCUAAUGUAUAAGCGAUAGAGUAUGUUGUGUUAUGAACCAUAACGAAACGAGAUUUGUUUGAGAAAUAAAAUUAUCAUAAAAUUA